ACAAUUAUUUGGACUAGGGUUUCGACAUGUUUCCAUCAAAAUGGCGGAGAGCGACACCUUCAGAUCAAGGGCGAUUAAUCAUGAUUUAAGGAAAAGUCGUGAAUAGCUAUUGUUACUUGAACCACACCAGGUGCUCGAGCUCGUUGCUGGUCGGUGACAUCUGCGGCAAUUAAUCGCCUGGUCUGGGGGACGCUGGCAGCACAGACAUGCUACAUGCUUCAUGAAGGAGAGGCCGGAGCCUACGAGGGGUGUUCGGAAAGUUUCGGGACAACCGUUUCAGGUUUUACCGAUAUGUCCAACUCAAUCUGAGUGACUUCCCCUGAGUAGUCUUUAAUCAAUGGCGGAUGUUUCAAAACAAGUUCGGACAAAAACGAAACAUUACAUAAAAUAGGGAUUUCUACCUCUGACAGUCUCCAUUUGCAGUACUAAAUGGGGUCAACGUUAAGACAAGAUGUUGACUUCAAUGCUCUGUUCAAGAAGCUGGGUCACCAUCUGGAUGAGAUUCGUGUUCGAGCCUUGGAGAAUAUUCUUUCCAAGUUAGAGCACAAGCUUAUAUGUGACUCUGAUCUUGUCCAAGAACGCCACUUGUUUAUUCGCCUCCUUGAAUGGUUCAACUACCCGAAAUCUUCCCGGCAUUCAGAUGUCCUCAAUCUACUCUGCAGGCUUUCAGAGCACACAUCUGGUGCAGAAACCUUACAAGACAUUGGUGCUAUUGAGUUUCUUACCAGUCUGCGAAAAGAUGUGACAUCGGCCCUGCAACCAGUUGUCGAUCAGGUGCUUGAGAACUGCAUGCGCCUGCCUGACGUUGAUAUUGGAUUGGACCAUGCUCCAGAGUGUAUCUAUCAGAGACACAACCAUACAGGAAUGACAGCGGGUGCAGAAACCACAGUGGAUACCAUAGCAACCCGUCAUACCCAGGAUUAUUCCCUCGCCCCUAGCACCAAUGCCCCUUCUGAGCAUGGAGCCAGACUACCAGAUUACAGGGAACCACCUUUGGGGUUCUUUGAGGGGUGUCAGGGAGAUCUGGGGCAACAGCCUAUGACUCCAGGGUCCGGGAGUCACCCCACAGCAGCUGAUCUGGGGCUUGAGGGCAGUAGCUGUUUUAGAAUGACCAUAUUUCCAUGGUUAUCACUCACACCCACAGACAGACAUGUUAUCUCCUCCACCAACAGUUCUCUCCAGAGUCGGGAGGCCUCGAUGCUUGUCAGCACGUGCGAGUUUCUAAGUGACGUUGUCUUCCAAGAUUUUCCUGCUGAAAUUUUCCUGCAGAGGCCUAAUAUUGUCAAGAACCUGCUUUCACUCCUGAGUGGACCAAUCAAAGAAGGGGGUGUGGCCAGGCUUCAGGCUGUAAGGACAUUGGCUGACUAUGUCACAUGUCUGCGUAGUAGAAUACGAUGUCACCAGGAUCCCAACUUUUACACAGCAAAACAAGACUUCAGCACCACACCAACUCCAUUCUCUACACCCUCCAGUUCUUCAUCAGCCAAUCAGAAUGGAGGAGGAGAUGGAAGACCAUCGGUGAUUGGUUGGACAGAUUCCCGCCCCCGGGGGGAUGGCCGGGAUGGAGAUACGUCUGGUUCUUCCACUGGGACAUCUCGGGCUUCCAGUGUGGGCUUAAGCCCGGAAGGCAGGAGAGGAGAACCCAUUGACCUUGAGGAUGUCCCUGCCCUUCAAUACUUGCAGUUAACCCUUCCACAGUUUUGUACCCAGGUUCUGGAGAGAGCACUGCCACUUCUACGCUCUACUGAUCAGGUCAUCACCAUGGAAGUCCUUCACCUUCUCCACUUGACCUUGGAUAUAGUGAUUGCCAUGGUAACACCAGGCCUAUGGCAGGAUCAGUCUAUGGCAGCUAGGGAAUGUAGUGAAAAGCUUAUUGAAAGCCUAGAUGUCAUGGCCGAUCUAUUGAAAUUUCAUCACCAUAGCAACUUGAAGUCUGACCCUGAUGACACUAAUAAUGACCCUGGUGACCUUGUACAGCAGAGGCAGUGCUUGGUUGGUCUACAUGUGCUUCUGGCUAGGAUCCUUGACCCUCUGGUUCCACUUGACAAGUGUCGAGGGGUCAUAUCAGAGAAUCUCCUUUCCAUCAUGAACACACUUGUAUAUGAUGAAGCCCUUAGCAACACACUUCCUGACCUUCAGCUUCAGUUGCUAGGUUACCUACAGUACCUUGACGACGGAAGGUACUCUGUGUAUGUUGCUACGGCAACCAUUUGCCAAUCGUUGCAGAGGACUUGCAAGUUUAUGAAUCUGGCCCAGGAAGAGGCAUCUCGACUAUCAAAGGAGACACUUUCCCUGUGUGAGGGAGCCUUUGACAGCCUACCGUACCACCGUCACAUGAACUACAUCACAGAGACUGUUAGACUGUGCUCAGAUAUUGGUAGUCGUUCUCAGCACUAUGAAGAUCACAAGGCCCGUUACAAGAAGUUGCUGUUACAGCUUCUAGCCCAUCCAAUAGGAAAGCUGCGACUGGGCGUAUUUACUGCUGUACUACAAUGUGUUAAGACGAACCUCAGUGUGCUAAAAGCCAGCGAACCUGGCUCAACAAGCUGUGAGAAGGUCAGAUUCAUCAUUGAUGCUGACAUCUUGUAUGAGAUCAUUGUCUUUGGACUCGCUGAUAAGGAUACAAAGGUGGCCAAUGCAGCCAGUGAGCUAGUGACUCAUUUGUUAAAGAGUCAGUUACUGAUGAGCCCAGCCCUAUGGCAGUUAAUGUUGAAAGAACUCGCCAGGGCUCUUCCGAUUUUGCAGUCCUAUGCCAGUGUUUACACAGUGCUGGGAACCAGUAUUCUAGCAAUGCUGGAAACCAAACCCUCCACUUCCCCAAGUGAGAUCACUCAAGGGGAGAAACUCUGGGGAACACUGCGAUGUAUGCUGUCUACAGACCUAAAGGUACGAUCAGAGGCACUGAAGCGCUUAUUCUGGUACCUAUCUAACGAGGAAGGCGGUGUGCGUCGGUUACCCAUAUUUUCGGAGCUGAAUGUUACAGACCUUGCAAAUCUUCUGAUAGUUGAUACACCACGAUCGUUGGACAACGAUUUAGGGCGAUCUGUGUUUCAGGUGGAUGGGUUGUGGAAGGUGUAUGCGAUAUUUACAUCUCUCUCAGUUGAUCCUGGGAUGAAAAAAUCUGCCGUGGACCAACUGGCCAUUAUAUACCAAGAUCCUUCCUUGCAUGCAGCCUUCAAAAAAGAUUGUUGGGUGGAAAAGAUAUUAGAACACAUCCAGUCCCAAUACAACCUACCAUUCCGGCCCGGCCCACUAUCCACUAUUAGAAAAGUCCACUUAAAAUGCUGCCGGCCGCUGAACCUUAAACUGAUGGGAGUCACAUGGAAUGUAGCAUGGCAUGAGGGAAUAUAUACUUGUCGGGAACCAUGGCCAAUGCUUAGGAUUCGGAUCUGGAAUAAUGGUAGACCGAUGUUUCUUCCAGAUGCCAGCGAAGCCGCCUCUGAGUAUCGAGUACUGAAAAACACCAUCACGCAGGACACGACACAUCGCUAGGCAACUACAGCAGUUCUGAUGUAGAAGGUGGCCGGACCGUUGCGGGGUGCCAUAUAUAACCUAAUUUUAUUUGCUACUGUAGGCCUGCUUGUUCCGUCGUCGAGCGAGGGUUCUCGACCAUGAAACGUGUUAAAACGGCACAACGUAACAAAUGUCGUUUUAAAACGGCGCAAAGAAACCGACUACAGAAUGAAGCGUUGAAUGCAAUCUGACGGGUGUCUAUGGAGGGCCCCACCGUUGCCAACUUCAUGGAGAAUUGGCUCGAGCAAAUUGUGACAGAGUGGGGCAAGGACAAGCACAGGUUCCUUGUCUAGUUUGAAAGUUUUACAUGUUGUCUGACAUUCUGUGUGUAGUCGCGUCGUCAACAGUCAGUUCAUCGUCAUUAAUGCUGUAACAUUCCCUCUUUCUAUUCUUAGUUUUUGCCAUUAUUUUAUUUCGUAUAUAUUCAUAUCGUACAUUUUUUAAGUAUUGAAUAAUGAAGGUGAUUAAAACGUGAAGAAACUA